AUGCGUAGUUUCAAAAUGUGUCAGUUUUUAUCAUUUUAUCGACUACGAUUUGGGAACUUCGCUGCUGUUAUUACGAAGCGUCCGAUUCCCUAUUGGAAAAUAUCAUGGUGUCAUGAUCACGACAGUAAAGCUGACUACCAAACUGUUGCCGCGCACUUGGCUUUGCUGAAUUUACCACUUGAUCGAAACGCUUGGGAACAUCCGCUACGGGUAUACAUGCGUCGGUUCAGUGCCACUGGGGGAUUCAGUACUUCGGAUUAUUAUAACGUCUUCAAUUGCUGCUUUCCGUGA